CACACCUUGGUCAUUCUAUAUAUCCCUUCUCUCUUCUCCAAUUGUUUUAUAUAUAUAGACAAGGACCCCCUAGGCUUAGAACCUUGUCUCAGUAUUUCUUCCUAGGAGUAGUAGUUUCAAUAAUAUCCUAUAAAGAUAGCUAGAGAAAAAAGCAUAAAAAGAAGAAAAUCAAGUUUUUUUCUUUUUGGUUGAAGUAAACAAAGAUUUAUUAGAAUGGGAAGGCCACCUUGUUGUGAAAAAACUGGGGUGAAGAAAGGACCAUGGACACCAGAAGAAGAUAUCAUUUUGGUUUCAUACAUUCAAGAACAUGGUCCUGGAAACUGGAGAAAUGUUCCCACUAAUACUGGUUUGCUAAGAUGCAGCAAGAGUUGUAGACUCCGAUGGACUAAUUAUCUCCGGCCAGGGAUCAAACGUGGAAAUUUCACUGAACAUGAAGAGAAAAUGAUUAUCCACCUCCAAGCUCUUCUUGGGAAUAGAUGGGCAGCCAUAGCUUCAUACCUUCCAGAAAGAACAGACAAUGAUAUCAAGAAUUAUUGGAACACUCAUUUGAAGAAGAAGCUUGAAGGCCAUGAUGAGAAUAAUCAUCAAGAGGGGAAGUCAUCAUCAUCAUCAUCUCAAUCAAAAAUCAUAAAAGGACAAUGGGAAAGGAGGCUUCAAACAGACAUUCACACUGCUAAACAAGCUCUUUGUGAGGCUUUGUCACUUGACACUCCAAAUAAUAAUCCUACUCCUGAUCUUACUGAGGAACAACAACCAGUUCAAACAUCUACUUCCUAUGCUUCCAGUGCUGAAAACAUUGCUAAGUUGCUUCAAAAUUGGAUGACUAAUUCACCCAAAUCGUCGUCUCCAUGCCAAUCGAGUAAUUCAAAAGUUACUCAAAUGUCCUUGAACAACAAUUUAUCAAUCGGUGCGGUUUCAAGUUCUAGUCCUAGGGAAGGGACCGUGAAUGUUAAAACUGGAAAAGGUUUGGACUCGCUGUUUAGCUUCAAUUCAUCUAAUAAUUCUGACAUGUCGCAAUCCGUGUCAGUCGAUGAGGGUGGAAAUUUCAGUACACCUGAGAAUAAUAAUGCUGCAGGUUUCCAAGUUGAAAGCAAGCCAAAUUUGCCUGAUUACAAGGCAGAAAAUGGGAACUUUCAAGAGGAAAACAAGCAAAAUUUGGAGACACAAGUGCCUUUAACUUUGCUGGAGAAGUGGCUACUUGAUGAUGCUAAUGCACAAACACAAGAAGACCAGUUAAUGGGAAUUGGAAUGGGAAUGGCUAUGGGUGAAACUGCUGACUUGUUUUGAAGAAUAAAAGAAAAAAUACUACUAGUAAAAAAAUGUACUAGUAAUAAUUCUUCAAAACAACUUAGCAGUUUCAGGUUGAUAGUUUGGGUAUUUUAAUUAGUUGUUACUACUUUUAGCGAUUUGGACUCCAUAGGUUUUAUUUACUUUAUAACCUGAGCAGAUCUAAACUCUGAUAUUUGCAAGAGCAUAAAGUGUAUAUUCCAUGUAAUCUUUAAACUUGCAUAUGUAUAAGUUAGGAAUAAUGAACCCUCCCCUGUCUCUUUUAAGAGCUUCAACUGUUUGUAUUUUGGUUUCAAUUUUUGUGUAUUUUCUGAGCAACCUGACUUGAGAUGCUUCCAAGUCCCAGGAUGAAAUAGAUAUGUUAUUCGAACAA